AUGGGAGUUAGCAGAGACUCGUUGUUACCACAACAUGACACACAUAGGUACCUGGUCGUCUGCCACAACCUGGCUCCUGCUGAGCUGAAGGAGGUCGUCGCCUACAUCGGCCCCGGAAGCCUCUACUCGCGCAAAAGCUUUGCCGGAGAGGGCGGCAAGCCUGCCAGCUCCCAAUUGGUCGCCCUGAGCCAUGCCUCGGGUGCAUGCGGCAGCUACAGCGUACUUGCAAUCAGGAUCCGCACUGGCCGCCGACAUCAAAUAA